UUUCACAUUGGUUCAGCUUGCACCACACUUGCUGGAUGCUGCUUAGGGCUGGCUUGCCGCUGAGUCUGUCUGAACCAUGACCAGCUUCAGGGGUGCUGUCCUCUUCUGGGCAGUGGCAGCAUGGGCUAAGAUGGACAAGCCUCUGGGUGAGGCCGAUGAGGCUGGAUUUCAAAAAUGCAAGAAUGCCUUAAACCUACCUGUGCUGGAAGUCUUACCUGGAGGUGGCUGGGAUAAUUUACGGAAUGUGGACAUGGGACGGGUGAUGGACUUGACUUACACCGACUGCAGGACCACGGAGGAUGGACAGUACAUCAUCCCUGAUGAAAUCUUGACCAUUCCUCAGAAACAGAGCAACCUGGAGAUGAACUCAGAAAUCUUGGAGUCCUGGGUGAAUUACCAGAGCAGCACCUCUUUCUCCAUCAACAUGGAGCUCUCCCUUUUUUCCAAAGUCAAUGGCAAGUUCUCCCCAGAUUUCCAGAGGAUGAAGACGCUUCAGGUGAAGGACCAAGCUGUAACCACCCAGGUUCAGGUAAGAAACCUGAUCUACACAGUCAAAAUCAACCCAGUUUCAGAACUAAACUUGGAGUUUAAGAAAUUGCUCUUGGACAUCUGUGACCGUCUGGAAAACAACCAGACACGAAUGGCCACCUACUUGGCAGAGCUCCUGGUCCUCAACUAUGGCACCCAUGUUAUCACCAGUGUGGAUGCUGGGGCUGCUCUCAUUCAGGAAGACCACAUCAGAUCCUCCUUUCUCCUGGACAGCCAGAGCAGCCGUAGUGCUGUGACUGCAUCUGCUGGAGCUGUCUUCCACAACAUCGUGAACUUCAAAUUUGAGGAGAACUAUACCUCGCAGAAUGCCUUCACCAAGAGCUACCUCUCAAACCGCACCCACUCCAGGGUGCAGAGCAUUGGAGGGGUUCCUUUCUACCCAGGCAUCACCCUCCAGACCUGGCAGCAGGGCAUCACCAACCACCUGGUGGCCAUAGACCGUGCUGGCCUGCCUCUGAAUUUCUUCAUCAACCCUGACAUGCUGCCUGACUUGCCAGGGCCAUUGGUGAAGAAGUUGUCUAAGACGGUGGAAUCUGCUGUGAGACGCUACUACACGUUCAACACCUACCCUGGCUGCACAGAUCUCAACUCGCCUAACUUCAAUUUUCAGGCCAACACUGAUGAUGGCUCUUGUGAAGGGAAAAUGACCAACUUCUCCUUUGGUGGGGUUUAUCAGGAAUGCACUCAGCUGUCAGGGAAUGGGGCUGUCCAAGUCUGCCAGAACUUGGAGCAGAAGAAUCCACUCACUGGUGAUUUCUCCUGCCCCUCUGGCUACUCCCCAAUCCGCCUCCUGACCCAGAUCCACGAGGAGGGCUAUAAUGGCCUGGAGUGUGUCCGGAAGUGCACCCUCUUCAUCUUCUGCAAGACAGUGUGUGAAGAUGUGUUCCGAGUGGCAAAGGCCGAAUUUAGGGCUUUUUGGUGUGUGGCCAGUGGUGAAGUACCAGAAGACUCAGGACUACUUUUUGGGGGUCUCUUCAGUGCUAAGAGCAUUAACCCUCUGACAAAUGCACAGUCAUGCCCAGCUGGCUAUUUUCCACUAAGACUCUUUGAAAGCCUCAAGGUAUGUGUCUCUCAGGACUAUGAGUUGGGAUAUAAGUUUUCAGUCCCCUUUGGUGGGUUCUUCAGCUGUGCAGUUGGGAACCCCUUGGUAGAUUCUACCAUAUCCAGAGACUUAGGGGCACCUGCUCUGAAAAAGUGUCCUGGGGGCUUUAGCCAACAUCUAGCCUUCAUCAGCGAUGGGUGCCAAGUAUCCUACUGUGUCAAGUCUGGGCUCUUUACAGGAGGGUCUCUGCCCCCUGCCAGGCUCCCACCUUAUACCCGGCCACCCCUUAUGAGCCAGGCUGCCACCAACACUGUCAUCGUGACUAAUACUGAGACUUCAAGCUCCUGGAUUAAAGACUUCCAGACCAACCAGUGGAGGUUGGGAGAGCCGUUAGAGCUUCGCAGGGCCAUGAAGGUCAUCCAUGGGCAUGGUAGUGGUCUGUCGGGGGGGGCAGCUGCUGGGGUUACAGUGGGGGUCACCACUGUCUUGGCAGUUGUCAUUGCCCUGGUGAUCUAUCGCAUCCGGAAGUACAAGAAGAGGGGAUACCAGGCAAUUGAGGAAGAGAGGCAGAGUUUGGCUCCUGGCACUGCAGGGACGGAAGACACUCCUGACCAAGAGCAGGAGCAGUGUCCAGCCUAAAUUUCUCCUGAGGAAAUGCUUCAUUUGCAGACAGAGCUUCAAGCAUGUCUUUCAUUCCUUCUCUCUACAUUUCUGCCUUUCUAACUAUUAAAGUGGCAAGUGCAACCAAAAGCAGGUAUACCUUUGGUCUCUGGGCCGGAAAUUAAUAGAGCUACAUGGGCGAGUUUGGGGUGAGGAUUGGGGAGGAGUUGUGACUUUCUAAGCAAAUGUCAUUCUGGGCAUUAAAACAUGAAGGGGGUGUCUUUUCUCUAUGUGCACCAUUAAUUAUUUUCACCUGAAUGCAUACAUGUAAAAAGUCGGGUAUAAGGUGGGAGAAUGUUGCUAUUUGAAUUUGGAAAUGAUGUAUUUAAUCUGAGGUUGGCCAUGGUUUCCAAUUCAUGAGCUAUAAGAAUUUCUGUCUUGAAAAAAAAAAAAAAGAAUUCUUGUCUUUAAGUGUUACCCUCCAGCUAUCUUGUUUUUAAGAGUUGUCUGGAUCUCAUGUUCCCGGAGGCUGACAGAGCCCCCAGAGGACA